AGUCUUCAUCUUCCCCUUGUCUUCUCAUUUUUGCUGCAAAUUUUUCCACUCACUCGCAGAUACAGAGACCUUUCUUUAGGACCGCUCUCUUUGCACCCAUGAGUUUGUAUAGAUAAUCUUAUGUAAAUACAAUCGCUCACAAUUAUUAGUCUUUUGAGGUGAAGCCGUUGUAAACACAUUUUUUCUUCUUUCUCGGAGAAAUGGCUGCGAGGGUUGCUAUGAAAUUCAAGAGAGAAUGCUAUAUAUCUAGGAAGCUUAAAUCAAAUAAUAUUACAAGGUAUUAUUUUUCCACUGCCGCUUCGAGUGCUAAUUCUCUUAAUAUUCCCAAGACAGCUCCUCAUUUUUCCAAAAAGGGUAUGUUACUCACGGGAGCCACCAUGGGUCUGCUUAUAGGUGGAGGUGCCUAUGCCAGUACCGUGGAUGAAGCUACUUUCUGUGGCUGGCUUUUCAAUGCAACGAAACUAGUCAAUCCAUUUUUUUCAUUUAUGGAUCCAGAGGUUGCCCACCGACUGGCUGUUUCUGCUGCAGCUCGUGGAUGGGUCCCAAUAGAGAAAAGGCCAGACCCAUCAAUAUUGGAACUAGAAGUUUGGGGAAGGAGGUUCUCCAAUCCUAUUGGUCUUGCUGCUGGUUUUGACAAAAAUGCUGAGGCUGUUGAGGGCUUACUUGGUUUAGGUUUUGGGUUUGUGGAGGUAGGAUCGGUUACUCCGGCCCCACAGGAGGGGAAUCCAAAGCCUCGUAUAUUCAGAUUGCCUGAGGAAGGUGCAAUAAUUAAUAGAUGUGGCUUCAAUAGCGAAGGAAUUGUUGUUGUUGCAAAGCGGUUGGGUGCACAACAUGGUAAGAGGAAGUUAGAAACGUCAAGCACUACAUCUUCUGCUGGCGAUGAAGUUGUACAUGGAGGGAAAGCUGGUCCUGGAAUUUUGGGGGUUAAUCUCGGAAAAAAUAAGACCAGUGAAGAUGCUACAGCGGAUUAUGUACAAGGAGUUCAUACAUUAUCCCAAUAUGCUGAUUACUUGGUUAUUAAUAUUUCAUCUCCCAAUACUCCUGGACUGCGCCAACUUCAGGGGAGAAAAAAAUUGAAAGAUCUUGUUAAGAAGGUUCAAGCGGCUCGUGAUGAAAUGCAAUGGGGUGAGGAAGGCCCACCUCCUUUGCUUGUGAAAAUUGCUCCAGACUUGUCUAAACAAGAUCUUGAAGAUAUUGCAGCAGUUGCUCUUGCUCUUCGAGUAGAUGGAUUGAUCAUAUCAAACACAACAAUUCAAAGACCAGAUCCUGUUAGUAAAAAUCCAGUUUCUGAGGAAACUGGAGGCUUGAGUGGGAAGCCACUGUUUGACUUAUCCACAAAUAUACUGAAAGAUAUGUAUAUUCUGACAAAGGGAAAGAUUCCUCUGAUAGGUUGUGGAGGUAUUAGCAGUGGUGAGGAUGCAUACAAGAAAAUACGAGCCGGGGCAAUUCUUGUUCAGCUGUAUACUUCUUUUGCAUAUGGCGGGCCUGCUCUUAUACCUAAAAUAAAGACUGAACUCGCAGAAUGCUUAGAGAAAGGUGGCUACAAGUCCAUCUAUGAGGCAGUCGGAGCAGAUUGCAGACAGCCUUAAUGUAUUAAUCCAAUUUUUACCGACGCCCUCCUUCCAGACCCUGUUCUGUUGAAUAAAUUUUCUACUCAAUUGAGGUUUUUUUUUCUCUUUUUUUUUUCCCGGAAAAAGUUUAGUUGGCAGUUUUUUUUACUCAUUUAUCAGUUGUAGGGAUUUAACGUAUGAUCACGAGCGAAGAUUUUGAUAAUUUCUGAGUGUCAUAUUGUAUAUCGAAGUACGGAUAAGAUUUUACCUUCAGAAUGUGUUCGAUGUAGAGUUUGGAGUUCU